AUGGCCGGGUUCCUGCUUAAAAUCAAAAACAAGAACAAUAACGGUGUCAAAGCGGUGGUGAAGAAACUGAAUGUACUUCAAGAUAAGCCAGAACUUGGAGAUGAAGAUGAUGUACAUGAAAUCAAUGGGUUUGAUUCCAAAGGGGGCAAAUUGGAUGGUAAAAUAGUUAAAAACAACAAGGAUAAAACUCCCUCUAUCAAACUCAAGCUUAAGAAGACUCUUUCUACUCCACAAGUCACAGAACGGAUAACCAUGCUGUCCUUUGGUGUCAAUAAGAAUAGAGGCAUCACAUCCGAAGAAGCCAUUACUGUAGUAUCAGCAGAUAACCAUCAAGAGAUGGUGCGGAUAAAUUCGGACAACGAAGACGAUGGAGAUGACGCCACAGGCUCAGAUUACGAGUCUAUUGCAGUAGAGAACUUUGGUACGGCUAUGUUACGGGGAAUGGGUUGGAAGGGUGAAAGGAACAUUCAAGGAGGUGGUGGUGGUGGAGCGAACCAAAAGAGCACCAGUGUAGAACACAGGAAACAAGGGAUGCUAUUGGGCAUAGGGGCUAAACCUGUUGAAACUGAAAUCAUGGAAGAUAUAAGAGGCUCCAAUGCCACUUUCCAGAUACCGCUCAAGAGGAAACUGUGA